CACUCGAGCGAGGGCUCGGAAGUGUUGCAAAGGUGGAAACGAGGGAAGUCGACUUGUGUUGAAAAAUGAUCGACUUAGGAUAUUAUUCAUUGGAUAUUGUGAAUUAUUGAGUUGUAUGCUCCGUUUAUUGGGUUUAUUUUUGCCUCAACGGAUUGACAAACACAUUUUGACUUCUGGACUCAAGGUGUAAUUCAAUUCCUGAGGCUGUCAAGUGUCGCGUUUGGCAGCACUCAGCCUUCAGGCCAAGUCAACCGCAAAAUGGAGCCUGAGAUCAGUUAUAGUGGCCGCGGGCGGAUUUCAUUCUUCAUGCAGAUUGGUCUAAUGAGGGAAACAAUUUAUGUUGAACCAGAAUUAUCUAUGCCAGUAUUAAAUGACCUCGCCUGUGCCUUCGUUGACAGAAAGUUCCCUGAGCAUGGAUUCUACAACAUUGUGGACAAGAUCCUCCUCUUCCGACACGACGCCGCCGACCCAAACAUCUUGCGGAAGCUGGACAAUGUAGCUGACAUUAAAGAUGGAUGCCUUAUCGAGAUCGUGCUGUCUGUACACCAUCUCUCACCUGAGGAACGGCUCCCAGGUGUCGCUGGGCCAAGCGUCGUGUUCUUCCAAUCUGCUGAGUGUGCCCAGCCAGCCGACGCCCCCUUCCCCGGGCGGCGGGCGCUCAAAAUCAUGGACGGGCAGACCCAUCUGGCUGGAGCGAGAAUAUGCCAACCGCAUCAAGGUGCCUCACACCUUUGUGGUCCACAACUACACGCGGCCCACCCAGUGCCAGUGGUGCAAGAGACUCCUCAAGGGCAUCAUUCGACAGGGCGUGCAGUGCAAAGAUUGCAAGUUCAACUGCCACAGGAAGUGUGCCCCCUUGGUGCCCAAUGACUGUGCUGGAGAACUGCCGUACGACGGCGGGGAAGCCCUAUCAGAAUCUCUUGACCACGCAGAAACGGAUGACGUCUCAGACAACUUCUCAGACAACUUCUCGGACCUGACGGAGGUGACCGACGAUGGCGCGCCGGCCGUGGACGAUGUGGAGGACAAUGAGGAACUGGAGAACAAGCCCCCGCUGAGCCCCAUUGACAGCAGCAACAUCCCCCUGAUGCGAGUGGUGCAGUCGGUCAAACACACAAAGCGAGCCGGAUCACGCACGCUGAAGGAAGGCUGGAUGGUCCACUUCACAGAUAAAGAUAAAAUUAGAAAAAGACAUUUCUGGAGACUGGAUCCCAAAUCUAUAAUGUUCUACAUGGAUGAGACAUCAACUCGAUAUUAUAAGGUAAACAUAAACGGACGAACCAGGAAGUGGCCAUCAAGGUCAUUGACAAGAUGCGGUUCCCUACAAAACAGGAGGCACAGCUCAAGAUAGAAGUGGAGAUUCUCAAGAACCUGCAUCACCCAGGAGUUGUCAACUUGGAGCAGAUGUUUGAAACAAAUGAAAGAAUCUUUGUGGUCAUGGAAAAGCUGAAGGGCGACAUGCUGGAGAUGAUCCUGUCUAGUCCCAAGGGCCGGCUCAGUGAGCGGGUCACUAAAUUCCUCAUAUCUCAGAUCCUGGUUGCCUUAAAACAUUUACAUUCGAAAAGCAUUGUGCACUGUGACCUCAAGCCAGAGAAUGUCUUGUUAAGCUCUGAGACUGCAUUCCCUCAGGUAAAACUCUGCGACUUUGGCUUCGCACGCAUCAUUGGCGAAAAAUCAUUCCGUAGAUCUGUUGUGGGCACUCCCGCCUACUUAGCUCCCGAAGUGUUGAAGAAAAAGGGCUACAACAGAUCGCUAGACAUGUGGUCUGUUGGCGUCGUUGUCUACGUCAGCCUGAGUGGUACAUUCCCUUUCAAUGAAGACGAGGAGAUCUCAGACCAGAUUCAAAAUGCAUCUUUCAUGUAUCCUCCCAACCCAUGGAAGGACAUCUCUCAAGAAGGCAUCGAUCUCAUUUCCAACCUGCUUCAAGUGAAGAUGAGGAAGCGAUUCACAGUGGACAAGUCACUGAAUCACCUCUUCUUACAGGACUACCAGACCUGGUGUGACCUGCGUAUCCUGGAGAUGCAGGUGGGCAAACGCUACCUGACACAUGAGUCGGAUGACGAGCGCUGGGAGAAGUAUCGCCAGGAGCGGAACCUCAAGACUUGGGACGAGGUCGGACAGAAAGAGACUAGCGAACCAGAGUUUAGCAUACGAGACGCCUUGCCUAAGAGCUUCCUGUUGCUCUCCCUUGGCAUUGACCACACCUCGGGGCCUGGAGACCAUGACGACGACUUGGCGUGAUAACUGCUUCUCCUUAAGUUGUUCUUUUUUUGCUCUUUCACCUAAAAUAUUUUGUUGUAAUACUUCAACGGGGAUUUUUCCCUCUGCUCGGACAUAAUGAACCGAUGUUAUCGCAAGCUGUGUCGCAAAUCAUCGAUGCCGGCGAGACGGAUUCUCCAGGGCAGUCGGGAGACAUGAUCAAACGAUUACGGACGAAGACCAACAAGUACAAGAACACACAGAGCUCUCUGGAUCGGAGGAACUUAAUUUAUUUACAAUCAUUCUUUGCAGCCACCCACCCCCUUCUCUCCCUCUCUCUCUCUCUCUCUCUCUCUCUCUCUC